AUGUACAAAUUCGAAUGGGGCGUCGAGGAAGAGAAAAACUAUGAUCUAAGAGCAUACAAAUGUGGGGGAUGGGCAUCAGCACGCAUUCAAACACGCCGGACUGGCAAUUGGCAGCAAUUUUAUGAUGGAGAAAAAACGCCAAUCAAUCAACCAUUUCCCAUUGAUUACAAAAAGAAAUACGUACCUCCGAAAAGACCAAAAACAGCAAUUGAACAUCCCAAGAAAACCAAGCUUGAUUUGUAUCAAGAUGCAUUAGCAACAUUAUCACCGCAAACUGUCCGUGAAAUCGUUCAGAGUACAGUAUCAUCCACGACUUAUAAUACACCUCCAUUCAAUGAAUCAAUAUCCCCAAUUCGGAUCAAACCUUCUGAGCGAGGACCUUUAUCGAGUAUUGCAACAAGCCGUAGUAUAAAUACAAGUCGUUCUAAAACUUCUAUGGAGCGCGCUCAAACAUCUCGCACAGUAAAAACGUCUCGUACAAUUUCUGCCUUACCAGUGAAUACUGUAGACUUAUCAAAUAUACAAGUACCAGAAAUAGCUCGAAUCAUCCAUAAAAAUAAAGGAGAAAAUCCUUCAAGAUUCCCAUUCCGUGUUAGUACGUUAUAUCUUUCAGAAUUAUCAGAGGCUGAGGAAAAGAUGAAAGAAUCUAAGAAGAAGCCAAAGAAACGUGCCAAAGCUAAUCCUCAAAAUCAUAUUAUUGAAUUUCCAUAA